AUGCCUCAACAGUUGCUUUUUUAUCGUGCAAUUUGCAUUGCUUGGUGCAUCGUUUGGUUUCUGUUUAUAUUUGACCUGCCAAUUGAAGACCCUUGGAUUACUCAAGCUGAGUUAACUCUGUUGCCAAAGUACGAAUCUAUGGGUAACUCUAAGAUCGGCCUCUUUUCUGCUAUCCCUCACAUAUUAAAGGUGCUCUUCUCCUACAUCAGCGGCUGCAUUGCCGAUGCACUAAUGAUUAAUGGCCUAAUGACGGUCACACAAACUCGGAAGUUUAUGACCGGAUUUAGCUACAGCGUAUUUUCCCUGGUAUUUCUUAUUCUCAUCUUCGUCGAUAACGGCAAGGCGGCCAUAACUCUGCUCUGCGUGGGAGUGGGCCUAUCUGGCCUGGCGACUGGCGGUUGGAUGGUGAACCAUCUUGACUUGGCGCCUGAAUUGUCCGGAGUGCUGGCCGGCCUCUCAAUGUCUACAGGCACCCUCGGAGCUGUGCUGAGCCCAUUGAUCACGGGUAUCAUUACACAGCAACCUGUACGUUUUCUUGCGUAG